CGGAGGCGGCGCCAAUCACCGCGCGGGCAGGGGGCGGGGCCUGCGGCGGCGCGAGGCUCGUCCGCCCCGCGCCUGCGCCCUGGGCCACGCGAGCGGUCCAAGCGGCGAACACACUGCCUCCCUGGUCUUCGCCGCGCUGUACGACCCGGGGGUGCUCGCCCCCAUCCCGUGCCCCCACUUCCUUGCCUGAAUCCUGGGGUGCCCGUCAAGGCCAGUGCUCCAUCCCGCCGCCCCCCUCGUCUCCCAGCGUCCAGGUUCUCCCCUGGGGUCCACUUCGGGGGGCGUUGUCGGUGACACCACCCACCCGACACCCCAAAUCCCAACCAGCGUUUUCUUGACAUCUCGGGGUCCAGGAGUCUGCCCCCUUCUCCCCGAGUAGCAAACGAACUUGGCGACCACGAAGGGGCCCGUGGGUGGUCCCCACUGACACAUCCCUCGGCUCGAUCGGACGCUCCCGGCUCGCUCUCCGCGCCUGCCCCCAUCGGGGGAGUGGAGGGUUGGAGAAAAGCUCAGGGAGGCCAGAUCGCCGAGGGCCGGUGCUUGGGCGGCUGGACUCCACCCCGGGUCGAGUCCACGUCUGCUCGCCUCGACUCCGCGGGGCGCCCGGGACGGUCGGAGAGAGCGCUCCAGCCGCUGCAGAAGCCAGCUUCGCUUCGGGGACCUUCUCUCCUGGUCCUUUCCAUCGGCGGCCCUUAGGACCUCCGGCUACCAGGGAAACCACCCUGGGGGGGAAGGAAAGCAACGGGAAGAGAAGUCGCGACGCCCCGGCCAGAUUGGGUAGGUCCCCGUGGUGUGCACACCGAGGUCCCUUUGUCCUUGCUCAUUUGAGAAGCUCCGCGGGGGCGGUUCUUCGUGUGUCGGGCGCCGCCGAGUGUAGGACGCGGACUCAGUGGGAGUGGAAGCGCGAGUUUUGGUUUUUGGUUUCAGUUUCUUUGUUCUAGCUCCCAUUCGCUGGCCGAGGGUUUUUUUUUUGGGAAAGCACGCUUGUUUGGUGUUUGGAUGUUGGUUGUCUGUCUCUGUGUCAAAGGUGUUAAUGUGGGAGGUGCAGCGUCUAUUCCACCUAAGAGCCCCCCCGGGGAAGAUUUUGGCUGAUCCAUCGACCUUUAGCUACAAGCCAAUGACUAAGAAACAAGCGGUGUUUUAUUGUAACACCGCCUGGACGAUGGAUGUCUUGAAAACCGAGGAAAGACGGUCGUUGAGUGGAACUCUGAGUUCCUAUACUGUCUUGUGCAGUUGGAGUUGUUCUCUGAGAGGUCUGGGCGAUCGGAUGAGAUUUCCGUGUGUGCAGGCUUUUAUGCAGUUGCACAAAUCGGGAUUGGAACUGGCCAGGAACCAAGCUGAUGUUCCCAAGGAAAGUUAAGCUUCCGGUAGAAGAUGCUCAGACACCAGAAGAGAAACUUGCUGAGGACUAGGCGGCCCUAAGUGUGCUGAAUCCUUUUCAGGCUGAUUUCAGUGUGGCACAAAUGCCCCCGGAGACCCCACAGCAAUCUCAAACAAUGGCAAGUGGGAGGAGCCCCUGCGGCAACCGCCCCCUUUGUAUCUGCCCUUAGCUAUGAGGGGGCGGUAGGGGAAGCUGGACCCCCAGCCGAUCCCCCUGGGUAGGAGUCAGGAGCAGGAAUGGUCUCCCCAUAGAGAACGGGCCGGGGUUCGCCUUUUGGCCAGGGGUCUUCUGGGCCGGAGGCAGGGCAGUUUCCUCUGCACCAGUUGCCUGGGGCAACCGGUUACUUAUUAUUGAAUUUAUACCCAUUUUUCAACUUCUGAUUUGCUAAAUUGGAGAAGCCAAAAGCCGUCCUACCGGGAAGAUCCACGAACGAGGACAGAUUUGUUUGCAACUAUUUUUUCUACCCACCGCCCUACUUGGGCGGACGUUCAGUCUUUGUUAAGGAUAAUGCUCGCGGGCGCAGAGUGGCUCCUCGUGAUAAAAAUCAAGGAAGAGGCUGAGCGUUUACACGGUGAGGAUCCCCAUCAGCCUCCCGCUUCUUAUGUGGCCGUGCCCCAGGUAGAGCCCGCUGGGGACCCAAGCACAGAUGACGGGAAAUGCGUUAUUGAGCCAUUACUGGAGGGGCAUCUUGGCUGGAUUUUCAGAGUCCCCAGACAAAGGAGCUUAAACAAAAUUCAGGAGCUCCAGCAAGGACCGGGAGAAAAUCCUGUGGCGUGUUUAGAACGCACGGAUCAGGCAUACAGAAAAGAAUACUGACCCAGACCCGGGAGCCCCCCGGGCAGUCAACAUGACCUUUAUUGAACGGAGCGCCCCGGACAGUAGGAGGCAACUCAGGCCAGUGGAAGUGGCCGUAGCUGGGAGUGCUGGUCAGUUGGUGGAAAUUGCUUUCAAAGUCUCUAAUGCUCGAGAGGAGCAUAGAGCAAGGGUGGUCAAGGUGUUUGACACAGCCCGCCCCACCCCCCAGACGGGAGGGACAGAAAAGGGGGCCCCAGGCCGAGGAAGAAGGGACGCCAAAAAUUGGAGGAAAAGCAGGUGUGCCUGUUGCAAAGAUGAGGGGCGCUGGAGAAACCAGUGCCCUAAGUUAGAGAAAGGCACCAGGGGCGGGGGGGAAGGCGGAGCCCCCAGAGCAGCUCAGGAGAGUCUGAGACUCAGAGGACGAAGACAAUGGUUGAUGGGGCCCUGGUUCCUUGCCGUGCUGGCGGCUCCCGUUUCAACAGUCCCCCGUGAGCCCUGGGUACAAGUGAGCCCCGGUACAAGCCAAUCGGUUGGCUUUCUGGUGGACACUGGUGCCACUUUUCAGUGUUAAACUUGCAGUUGAUGUCCUGGAGUGACUCCUCCGUUGUCAUUGUUGGAAUCACGGGUGACUCUCCACUGAGGCCCGUGCUGCAGCCGCUGGGGUGCAUCUUGGGAGAACAAAAGCUGAAACGUGGCUUUUUAUGUGUCCCAGAUGGUCCCGUCCCCCUCGUUGGACGGGAUUUGCUUUGUAAGCUGAAUGCUCAGAUAACUCUCUCAUCCGGGAAGAAACAGGUCUGCCUGCAGGCGCCACCGGAAAAUGUGCGCAAACCGUGGCGGGGCUCCCUCUCCCCCCGAGAGACGCCCCCCCCAGCCCCACCCAGGCCUGCGAACGAGUGAGUACAGCCGGCUGGGCUGCUGGGGUGCCCGGACAGGCUCGGUCUGCCACCCUAGUAAGAAUGGAACUUGAGGAAGGAGCCCCUUGUCCGAGAAAGCGACAGUGUCCCCUGAAGAAAGAGGCCUGGGGAGGCGUCCAGCGGUUCAGCAGGUUCUUGCUGCCUCGGCUGAUGAGGCCCUGCCGCCACCAUGCAACACGACGGCCCUCUCACCAGGCGGAAGCCACACUCAGAUGAGGACCGGUUUGUGCAGGAUUUGAGGGCCAUUAAGGACAUCGUGUGGGACGUAUGGCCAACAGCGGCAAAGCCCGUACGCUGGUCACUGCGCUGCCGGGGGAGCGCGGCUGGUCCUCGGUGCUGGACCUGAAGGACACUGGCCUUGGCAUUCCGUUGGAAAGAAGGUCUUAACCGUUGUUUGCCUUCCAGGGGCAAGACCCGGAUACACGGGUCACAGAACAAUAUCGUUGGACCGUGUUGCCUCGGGGUUAAGAACGCCCGUACUCUGUUCAGUGAGACCCUGUUUAGAAAGACUUGAGGGGACUCCAGCUCAAUCAGGGGACGUUAUUACAACAUGCUGAUGAUUUCCUGAUGGCAAGUCCCGGUUGCCGGCAGCGGCUGGACGACGCCAUCGUAGCGCUAAGCCAUAUCUUGCUUGGCGUGGCUGCAAGGUGUCCCCCAGGAAGGCCGAGAUCUGUAAACCACAAAGGGUCUAGCUGGGUUUCCAGAAAAGCCAGGGCGCCUGCAACUUGACGUCUGACCCACGACAGGCAAUUUCACGGGUGAGACGCCCUCGGAACCGAAGACAGUUAUGAGGGUUUUUAGGCGAGACAGAGUUCUGUCAGAUCUGGAUUCCCGAUUUCGGACUAAUAGUCAAGCACUUGUGUGAUGCUUUAAAGGGAAGGGAAACAGACCCCCUCGUGUGGUCGGGAGGAUGCCAAAGGGUAUUCGGGACGUUGAAGCAGGAGUUAUUGGCUGCACCGGCCUUGGGCCUCCCAGAUUGAUUGAUUGAUUGACUUUGUAAAAUUGGCCCUGAGCUCACAUCUGCUGCCAAUCUUCUUCCUUUUUUUUUCUUCUUCUCCCCAAAGCCCCCCAGUAUAUAGUCGUGUAUUCUAGCUGGAGGUCUCUCUGGUUGUGGCAUGUGGGACGCUGCCUCAGCAUGGCCUGAUGAGAGGUGCCAUGUUCGCACCCAGGAUGCGAACCGGCGAAACCCUGGGCUGCCGAAGUGGAGCGCGUGAACCCAACCACUCGGCCCCGGGCCCCCCAGAUUUAAAGAAAGAAUUUAAACUAUGUAUGCGAGAGGUAGGGGACAGCUCUGGGAGUAUUGGUGCAACUUCUGGGGGAGGUCCCCAGACCACUAGCCAACUUAUCCAGACAAUUGGGCCACACCGCCCAAGGAUGGCCCCCGUGCCUGCGGGCUGUAGUGGCCGCCUGUGACCUGCCACAGGAAGCAGAAUGGUUUACCCUGGGACAGCCCACAGUGGUCUUUGUGCCCCGUCCAGUGCUUGUCCUCCUUGAACAAAAAGAGGGAUAUCGGCAAACUGCCGGGGGAAUGGGCAGAUACCAGGCUAUUUGCCAGCCAACCCUAAUGUCACCUGAAAGGCCGAGACAGCCUUGACUUCUGACACGUCACUUCCGACCUCAGAAUGGCGUCAGCCCUCACAGGUGCCCAGGAGUCCAAGAAACUGUGUGUUCGAGCUGCUUCGACCUGUCGGCUCAGCCCCUGACACGUCCCGAUCGGGACCGGUUCAUGGAUGGCAGCGGCUCUGGGGGCGACGGGCAGAGACGAGCCAGCUGGGCUGUGGAGGCUGAGGAUGGGGUCAUCGAGGCACAGCCCUCUCCCCUGGGGACAUCAGCCCCAAAAGCAGAAUGGAUUGCCCUCAUGAGGGCCUGGCAACUGUCGAAAGGGAGAAAGGGGGAUGUGUACCCCAUUUCGAAGUAUGCGUUCGUGGUGGCCCAUGCUCACGGGGCCAUGCGGAAGGACGGGGGGGCUGCUGACUGCGGAAAUAAAGGGAAGACAUGCUCCAGAAAUCUCAGCUCAGGUCCACGCGGUGACGGACCCGAUUAUGCGCUGCUCAGGCCGUCCAAGGACUGGCUCGUGUGUGGCUCCUGGAAAUUGGAUGGCGGACAAGGCUGCUAAGGGACGUGAAUUCUUCGGGGCCCUCAUCCCACGAUUAGAUGUAAGUCCGUGUGAUCCCUCUUGUACGAAGAGGACCUAAAAGGGCACAGGAAUGGGGUUUCGAUGACGGGGCCCUUCUCGUAAAUGCAAGAUAAACCCUCCUGGGCUCGCUCUCCUCCUUGAGGCCCUGGGGUGGCCCUUGAUCAGGUCCCUGCACGAGUGCACCCAUUGUGGGAGAGGUGCCUUCGUGACCUGUCACGGCCUCGCCUUACAGGGCCCACGCAGCGCCAGCUGGCUCAGAAGGCCCCCCCCCGGCUCCUGCCCGAUCUGGGCUGGGAACAACCCAAAGAUGGAAGGACCACCCCCACCGGAGGGCCUCAGUACCCCGGGAACGACCUUGUGAGGACGGGCAAGUGGACUUUACAGAAGUGCCUGAGAGAAUGGGACGGGGAGCAUGAAACGCUCGGUGGCGUUUGUAGACACUUUUUCAGCGUGGAUAGAGGCGUCGCCCACCCGAACUGAGAAAGCCGCCGAGGUGGCCAAGUGCUUACCAAGAGAAAUUGUCCCUGGGUUCGGACUGCCACCUAGCGUCCAGAGCGAUAAUGGACCUGCCUUUGUGGCUGAAGCUACACGACCGUAAGUAAGGCUCAAACAGAAGCCGAGUGCCUCUCGGAGACCCCAGUGCCUGGGAAAAACGGAAAAGAUGAGUCACACCGCGAAGAGGACGGUGGCCAGACGUGGCCAAGAGACCCAUGUGAACCGGGACAGACCACGCCCAGUUGCCCUCCUCCGUGGCAGGGUGACCCCUGGAAGUGGGCUUGCAUUAAGCCCUUAUGAAAUGUCGCCACCCGGACGUGAGACUUCGCUGCAUCCGUUCCAGCCGGAGGACAAGGUGCUUCUGACGGCGUGGCAGGAACCGGGGCCGGAACAGCAACUUGCAGGAAAGUGGAAGGGGCCCUGUGACGUGUUGUUCACCAGCCGUCCAUCCGUUUAGUUGGCGGGUGUGAGACCGAGUGGGGAGACCAGCCGCCAGUGGGGAAAGCAGACCGCCGGAGGGAGGGUCUUAAGUUGCUCUUCCGAAAACAGUCAUGAGGUUCGUCGCAUUGCUGAUUCAUUUCUGUUCCCUGUAUUUCCCAGUUGCCGCCUGGCUGGACAACUCUCUGGUGCGCAUCGCACAAACCAUCGCCAACUCGACGCAGGCCGUGGACUGCUGGAUUUGCCUUCCGCGAGCUCAGUCCACUGCGGAUCACGGGGACCCCCUGGUGCAUCCCGUCUCGGACUUCACCCAGGUCCCCGACGGAGACUGGGUCCCCACGAGAGACCUCCGGGCUCGCACCCUUAUGUACCGGGUGCGCAUCAGUCACUUCCCCCACGAGAACCCCGCCGACAUCGCCUGUCUGACGCUUCCUCUCUCCUCCAGUCCCGCCUUGUACUGGACCCAGGGCCCCCAGCAGAUUCCCGAGUACUUUGAGAUGGCGCCGCCUCCACCCUCGGGGCAGCUCCCCAUGUGCGCCCAGCGGUCCGCCAGGUACCCAGCGGAGGACAUCAAGUCGGUGGUCGACUAUUCGUUUCUGGAGCGGCCGUGGAUGGAACGAACCGGAUUCAAAGUGGGUUACUAUUUCUACACUAACAGCUCCGUGGGCUACUACACUCACAUCGAAGGGGAAAGUAAGGUCUUCUGUGCCCCUCCCGGCCACGUUUUCGUUUGCAAGAUUAAUAAUUACCCCUGGGCCACAGAAUGCCUCCACAAUUUCACUGUUUCCACUCAGUGUCUCCUCGGAAACCUGGUCACCCCUUUCUCGCUCCACAGUCUGAACGAAUCGAAACACUGGGCAAGCUCCUUAAAAUUAUACACCCGGGUCGCCCGGGACUUGCCGGGCAACGUUCCUGCCAGGGACGAGUAUUUCUUCGGGUCCACGCUGCUGCCUUGGCGGGGCGGCGCGGGCCACCCGCACGUCCUCCGCAGCCUGUCUCGCACGCUGACCGUCAUCGCGAACGAAACGGCCAAGUCCCUCAUUAACGCGCACGCCUCCCUCGACUCGCUGGCCAAGGUCGUUUUGGAUAAUCGGAUGGCCUUGGACUACAUGCUUGCCGAACGCGGUGGGGUUUGCGCUGUAGCCAACGCCUCCUGUUGCACGUAUAUCAACACCUCGUCACAAGUAGAAACCAGCGUCGAAAAGAUCAGGCGCCAGGCUACCUGGCUGCAACAGCCCUUGGGUCCUGGCGCCUCCUCCGCGCUGAAGGGUGUGGACGCGGGCGUCGGCGGCUGGUUUUUGGGUUUAUCCUCCCGGGUCCCGGCAGGGAUCCGGUCCACGUUGUCUGGCGUUCUACCUCUCGGUUUCUCUCUGCUCCUCUUGGUGGCUGGCGUGUACCUUACUUUUAAACUCAUUCUCUGGUGCGUUCCUGGUAUUUGCAGAAUUUCGACUGAGACCCCAACCGCCCGCAAAGAAAACUGGCAGAAGCACCUUGGAGCUUUCUGCCUCGAAAACCCGCUGGCGUCGCCCCGGUUCAGCAGGAAGCAGCCAGACGACCGCGACGCCCCUUUCCCGUAGAAACGAAAGCAAAGUCGACAGCGGGGCCUGCGUUAUGGGCUGUUUCUGUCUCAAAUUAGGAAUUUACAGGUUCGAUAACAGCCUGGCUGGCAGUGUCUUCCUCGUCUGAAGCGACACUUUCCCAGCCGCUGAGGUUGGCCGUUCCAAGUGUGUGUAGUUUUUCCUUUCUCUGGUUUCUCUGCCUUUGCUCCCUGCCCCCCCCUUCCUUAGGACUUAAGAAUCACCCUGGUUCCGGGGAGUCCGGAUGACAUGGUGCAGUGAAGGGGCCUGGUUCUCGUGUCCUGCGUCUCGCUGGCCAAAAAGAAGGAAAACAUCAGGGUCAGCGGACAAGGUCUGGCGCCCGCCCGGCUGUCUUGAGACCACCAGCAGCAAAGAGAAGUGCCUUCUGGCAGGUAGCCCCCAGCUGGACCCUGGGACCUCCCCUCUAACCCCCCGCCCACUUCUUGAUGGGCAGCGAGCAGUUCCUAAGGUGCUGGCCGGCCGCUGCGCCCUUGGCCUUGCAGAGAGAAUAAAGCUGUCUUUCCUUUUCA